UAAUGUAGGCAAUUAGGAAAUGAAAGCACGCACAUAAAUUUCCCAUUUUCGACCUUAGCGAAGUUUUUCUCACAACUUAUAUAACUCCGGUUUUAUUGCAAUCACCCUCUUUCUGAGGCCUUCUCCCCAUUCUUCCAGGGUUAAACCUAGCUCCUGUGCAAUAGCUGGCAAACCACAUAGGAGAGUAACCUGCACUAGGCAAGUCCGGUGCGACGAGCUCAACCCAGAAGGCAAAUCCUCUGCUGUUGUAGGCUCUAUCAUGUUUUUUAUGUUAAUGGUUAAUCUGAAGAUGGGUAACGAUGUCGAAAGUCUUGGACUUGGAGAGGCCUUGAAUGCUAGUCGGUCAUAUGAAAAUGAACCGUUGUGUGAUUCUAAUUCAAAGGAAGGGAAGCGAAAGAGAUUGUGGAAGAAGGUGAAGUACCAGCUGGUGGAGUAUCAUUCUUUGCCUGGCUAUUUGAAAGACAAUGAAUUCAUUCUUGGUCAUUACCGGUGCGAAUGGCCAGUGAAGCAGGCUUUACUCAGCAUUUUCACAAUUCAUAAUGAGACCCUCAAUGUUUGGACGCAUUUGAUAGGAUUCAUUCUCUUCCUUGUGCUGACCAUUUAUACUGCAGUGAAGGUCCCACAUAUUGUGGAUCUUCAGACUUUACAAAAUCUCCCUGAAAAGCUUAGGAAGGUUGAUCUACACAAAUUACCAGCAGAACUUUUACCCUGUAUUCCUUCUUUGCCAAAUAUGCCUGAUUUGCACAAACUUCGAGAGGAUUUGCUGCAACUCCUGUCUAACUGUCUACCUGAGCAAUUUUCCCACAGCAAUUAUAGUGAUGUUGGUGUUCUGCGUAGUGUGAAGGAUGUGGCAAAUGUGAUAGCACCAUUGAUGGUAACGCCUAUAACACGGUGGCCAUUCUAUGUCUUUCUUGGUGGGGCAAUGUUUUGCUUGUUAGCAAGCAGCACAUGCCAUUUACUUUCUUGCCAUUCAGAGAAAUUAUCGUACAUAAUGCUGAGGCUCGACUAUGCCGGUAUAGCUGCCUUGAUUUCAACUUCAUUUUACCCGCCUGUCUAUUAUUCCUUCAUGUGCUACCCCUUUUUCUUAAACGUCUAUCUGGGAUUUAUCACUGUCCUGGGAGUUGGCACAAUGUUGGUUUCUCUCCUUCCUGUGUUUCAAAAGCCUCAAUAUCGAAGCCUUCGAGCAGGUUUAUUUUUUGGGAUGGGCAUGUCAGGUGUGGCACCUAUUAUGCACAAGUUGGUUCUAUAUUGGAACCAACCCGAGGCACUUUAUACUACUGGUUAUGAAGUUCUGAUGGGCGUUUUCUAUGGCGUUGGAGCGUUAAUCUAUGCUCUUAGAGUUCCAGAAAGAUGGAUGCCCGGGAAAUUUGACAUUGCCGGCCAUAGCCACAACCUAUUUCAUGUUCUUGUGGUGGCAGGGGCUUAUACACAUUAUCGUGCGGGGUUAAUUUAUCUGAAAUGGCGUGACCAGCAAGGGUGCUAAGAAUCACCCAAGAAGGGCCUAUUAGGUUCAUUAAAUGUAUAUAAAUAUAGUGAGUGAGAGGUCCAGAACCUUUGUUGUUGAACCAUGUUCAAGAAUGACUAAUUUUGUAACUAUCUCAAAGUAAAUUAGCUUAUAUUGAUUCAACAGGCGCAGUUUGUACUCACCUUAUAUUUGGAACUAAAAAUGUAAAGAUUGAAACCCAUUUUUAAGGUUUGGAAAAACGUCAAAAAUAUCCUUCGACUA